AUGAGUUUUGUAUUCUUUGAUGACAAUAAUGUAUCCUCACUCACAGACGUUACUCUCUGCUCUCUUCAGGCGAUUGUCGAUGCGUAUGGUGUGGCCACGUACCAGGAGGUCAACCCGGGUCUGUUCACGUUGAUCUCGUUCCCCUUUUUAUUCGCGGUCAUGUUUGGUGACAUCGGGCACGGCGUGAUCAUGUCUCUGGCUGCCUUCUUCCUGAUUUACUACGAGUCCGCUAUCACGAAAAUCAGAGGCUUGGGUGAGAUGCCGAAUACUGUGUUCCAAGGCCGGUACAUGAUCUUCCUGAUGGGCCUAUUCUCUAUCUACACAGGUUUCAUCUACAACGAUUGCUUUGCCAAGAAUCUGUGGCUGUUCCCGUCUGGUUGGAAGCUACCUACGGUGAAGUGGGGCGAUGGAGGAAUGUUCCUCAAUGUCAGAGGCUUGGACUACAACGACUAUGCCUGCCCCGAUGGAUGUGGAUACACCGGUGCUCCCUACGCGUUGGGAGUCGAUCCCGUAUGGUCACUGUCAAAUAACAAACUGGCCUACCUCAAUUCUCUGAAAAUGAAGAUGUCUGUGCUCAUUGGUGUCAACCACAUGUCCUUCGGUGUGGUGAUGACCGUGUUCAACGCCAUCUACUUCAAGCGUGCGUACGCCAUCUGGGCCGAGUUCAUCCCUCAAAUGUUCUUCCUAUUCGGCGUCUUUGGUUAUCUCUGUGCCAUGAUUGUUGCCAAGUGGUGCAUGACAUUUGAGUCUGUGAUACCCGAGGGCGAGACGGCAUUGGUGCCCACAGACCCUUCACUUCUGAUCACGCUGGUGAACAUGUUCUUGAAGCCGGGAGAGAACACGUACGCGGCCAAGACCCUCCUAUACGAAGGCCAGUCUACCGUACAGUUGGUUAUUGUGGGCUGUGCUCUAGUGUGCAUCCCGUGGAUGUUCCUGGUGUCGCCACUAUACCAGAAUUACAUGCACAAGAAACAGAAAGCGUCAGGGUACCAACCCAUCGCACAAGACGAGGCAGGCACCACACUACCCGAUGAUUCCAUGGACGAGAGCGGUGACGGUCAUGUUAUAGAGGCCUCAAGUGGUGGCCAUGGUGGCCAUGGAGAGUUCGACUUCGGAGAUCUGAUGAUCCAUAACGCUAUCCACAGUAUUGAGUUCUGCCUGGGUGCAGUAUCCAAUACAGCCUCGUACCUUCGUCUGUGGGCCCUAUCACUCGCACACGCACAAUUAUCCGAGGUGCUAUGGGACAUGGUACUCAAGGCUACCUUCGCCGGUAAUCCCAUCAUGUUGUACCUUGGGUUUGGUGCAUGGGCUGGGCUGACUGUGAGUGUGCUACUGAUGAUGGAGGGAAUGAGUGCCUUCCUGCACGCCCUCCGUCUCCACUGGGUUGAAUUUCAACAGAAAUUCUAUGGUGGACAAGGAUAUACGUUUGUACCGUUCUCCUUCGAGAACUAUUUGGCGGCACUUCAAGGGUAAAACUGUUAGAAUAGCUGCCUUCUCGCCUCGGGAUUUAGGGAACAGUAUCAGACUCAUCCGCUGAUACAUACCAUCUCAUCGUUUAGUCGAUGACAUUUGAACAAGAUUGUAGAAUAGUUCUCGUGGGUUGCUUGUAUGUAGCGAGUGCGUCCGAAAAGUAAAGUUACAUCGGGUCAACUCGAUACAUUAAAGAUGACGCUACAUUUUA